CCGCGGGCGGGGCGGGGCGGGGCCGGGCUGAGCCGGAGGCUGAAAGUUGGGAGGCUCCGAGCCGGGGAGCGCGCGGCGGGAUGGCCGGCAGGAGCCAGGAGCAGAGCCUGCGGGAGGAGCUGACCUGUGCCAUCUGCUGCGAGCUCUUCACGGCGCCCGUCAUGCUGGACUGCAUGCACCACUUCUGCCGCGGCUGCAUCCAGGCCUACUGGGCCCGGUGCCCCCACGCCGCCACCUGCCCCCAGUGCCGCCGCCAGGUCCCCGGCCGCCGCUUCCGCCCCCACUACCUGCUGGCCGGGCUGGCCGAGACGCUGCGGCGCUGCGGCACCGAGGAGCGCCGGCACGACACGCGGAGGAACCUGGAAGACGCCCUGCAAGCCCGUCGGAGGGAGGUGGAGGACUUCUUGCAGAGGAAGCACGCGGUGCAGGAGGACAUCUGCGGCCUGACGAAGGUGUCGGGGGAGCUGCACUGCAAGAUCCGAGCAGAAUUCAUCCGGCUUCAUCAGAUCCUGGAGGAAGAGGAGAGGGCUGUGUUGGCAGAGCUGGGCGAAGAGGAAGAGCGGUCACUGGCAAGGCUGCGCAGGGAUGUCGGACGGCUGGAGGAAGGAAUCUCGGAGCUGCAGAGGGACAUAGCGCACAUGGAGCAAACCCUGAGCAGGAUGGGAGAGGGGUCGUUGCCAGAGGUGGAGAGCCUGGAUAUCAGGUACAUGUCUGGCAUGCCCUCGGUGUGCGUCGAGACCCAGCCUGCCUUCAACCUGGAGCACUACCGGGACAGCCACGGGGGCCCCUUGCAGUACAUCUUCUGGAGACGGAUGCUGCGAUCCAUCUGCCCCGCUCCCGAUGCGCUCACCUUCGACCCCGAAUCUGCCCACCCCAACCUGGUCUUCUCCAAAGACUUGACUGCGGUGACGGAGAAAGAAAGAGCCCGGCCGCUGCCCCGCAGUCCCCGGCGCUUCCAGCAGUGCGUGAAUGUCCUGGGCUCGCGGGCCUUCGACAGCGGCCAGCACUACUGGGAGGUGUGGGUGGGCAGCAAGACCAAGUGGGACCUGGGGGUGGCAGCGGAGGCCGUGGACCGGGCAGCGAAGGUCAAGCUGUGCCCGGAGAACGGCUACUGGACGCUUCGCCUGAGGAACAAGACGGAGUACUGGGCCACCGCCACCCCCUGGGUGCGCCUGGCCCCGCGGCGGCCCCCCCGGAAGGUGGGGGUCUUCCUGGACUGCCGCGAGGGCACCGUGGCCUUCUUCGACGCCGGGGACAUGUCUCACCUCUUCACCUUCCGGCGGGUCUCCGCAGAGAGAUACUGCCCCUUCUUCAGCACCUGCUUCAGCGACGGGCAGGAGAACAGGGAGCCCAUGCGCAUCUGCCACCUGGCCCUGUGAGGACGGGGGAGCGGUGGCCCACGCGGGCCCAGGGGACACCUCUGUCCUGGCCAGCUCCUGUGCUGCUCCUGGCUGCUGUCGCUCCCUAGGAGCGUCCGGCCGCGGGAAGCACCUGGCUCCACGGGCUGCCCAGGGCCUGGGUGGCAGGCAGGGAGACCGGUCCUGCGCGCAGCCCCCGGUGACACCGGAGAGGCUCUCCGUUAGCUUCGGGCAGAGAGAGCAGAUGAAGCUCACCCGCCUUGGGGCUCUGCCCUCCCUUCGCUGUGCUGUGGGCUGCCGAUCUGGCAUGUUGGAGAACAGCCCCUGACACCUGAAGGUUGCAGGGUUUGAUAACCGGAGCUGCAGGACCAGCGCUGAGGGUGCUGCUGGCCCGCUCGUGGCUUCGCCACCGCGGCUCUUCGCGCUUGAAACCCGCAGGGAACAAGGAAAGCGUCCACGGAGCAGUGAGACCUGCUAUCAGGUGCCUCCAAGAGCCAAGGACACGAGUGGCACCCGUGAGGGCCUGCAUCUGCCGUGCACCGAGCACCGUCCCCGCUCGCCCGGGUGGUGACGUGCGCAGGACUUCCGAAUCCAGCCAGGGGGUCUCCUGCACCGGGUGCACGUCUCCCGGGGGCCGCGGGACCAGCUCCCCCCACUCUAGCUGCUGUGUCACCAUUAAAGCUCAGUGGAAAGGCCA